ACUAGUCGAACGAGUGAGUGAGCUAGUGAGCAGAAGAGGGAAAAAGUAUCAAUAACAAAAACAAUUAUCAAUGAAAAUUGAAGACUACGCAUAUUAAAGUGCAAUGAUUUGACUGUGAUGGCAAACAGUUCCAGCUCCGAUGAAAGCUCCAAAGCACCUGAAAACUUUCAAUUAUCCAGCGUCUCUGAAAACGAUGACGACGAAGAUGUGGUCGAUGUCUGUGAUGUUGGCGUUGUAGGCUACAAUAAUAAUGCCACAACAAAGAAACAACCAAAAAACGUAAAUACAGCACUAGCAGCUACAACAGCAGCAACAGUAAAUACAACAACAACAGCAGUAGCUGGAUUGCGAUGUCCGCUAUGUUGCAAGCAUCAGCGUCGGCUGCAUUGUCGAACGUGUGUUAAAAAUGGCAACAUUACUCAUAGCUCUGCUGAGCGAACGGAAAGCCUAACGGAGAAGCAACAGAAGUACAUCAAUCUGCAGGCGGGCCUGAAGAGCUACAGCAGUCGCUACGAACAUCUCAUCCAGCAGCACAAAUGCAACGAGAAUCGCAUGAUUGCCAUACGCGCCAAGCGGGAGCAGCUGCAGCUGCUGCAACAGCUGAUCGGCAGCACAACGCAGCGACUGCAGCGUUUGAACGAACAGCGCGAUGAACUGCGUCAGGCGAAUGCUGAGAAGCGCAAGAAUCUGCCCAAGUAUCCGACAAAAGUGAAGAUGCUUGAGGACUAUGUGAUCGAUCGCUCAAUGCGCAUCGAUAAGCUGCGGCAACAACAUCUCGGACUGCUGGAUAGCAUUAAGCAGACGGCACGCCGAGACAUACAGCAGCUUGUCACCUACAUAUUCCCCAUCAGCGAGGUUGUACUCCGUGAUGAACAGCAACGCAAGGUGUGUGCCGAACGCAGCGAGGAGGCGGAAACCAUUGCAGCUCUGGCGGAUGCCAAGAACACAUCGUAUAUUCGGGGCAAGUGGGUGUUUCAUGGCAGCGGCAUCAGUGAGGUGCAGUACCGCAUUGUGGGUCCAUCGUUGCCCGCCAAUGGGGAUUACUCGGCGUAUCUGGACUGGUUGUCCGACAACAAAGACGAUGUGCCUAAGGCGACGGCCAAUGAGAUUACCCCAAGUCGCUUUGAGGCCUAUCGCAUUGUUGGUGCUCUCACCUAUACGGCCCAAUUGACGCAGCUGCUCAGCUUCUAUUUGAAUGUGCGACUCCCACAUAAGCUGGCCUAUGGUGACUUCUGUCGCAAGCUGCUCAACGAGGAGCAGUUUCUGCGCAAAGUGUGUCGCGUCAACAACAAUAUCAUGUAUCUGGCCUACACACAGCAGGUGAAGUUGCGUGCGUUGAAUGAGCAGCAUACGCUGGAGAAUAUAUUGGCCAUACUGGAUUUGGAGCGCAGUGAUUUGGGGCGUUAUGGCCAUUUGGAUGUGAACAAUGCGCCGUUGAUGAAAUCGGUAGAUUCGCUGCUCAUCGGCAUUGAGACGGCCACCGAAUCGGAGUCAGAGGAUGAGAGUUCGCUGCGUUUGGACUGGGAGGCGGUGCCAAGUGUGAGCAGCAGCGCAACGCAGCAGCCGGAGGAGUUGCAAGAGUCCCAUUUAAUACCUGCGGUGGCACAACAGUCCACCAUUGCAAUGGCCGCCAAUCGCAUCACCUCAAUGCUGCGCUGGAUCAAGUAAACACUAAUGUACACAUUACUUUUCAUACCUGUCUCUUCACACUUUUAACAUAUUAAAUUUUAACAAAACAAAUUAGAGUUUAAGUUGAGAGAGAAAGUUUCCAAUCACAAUAUACUUAUCAUCUUCAAGUAGAAAAGUGUGGAUUAUUCAAAAUUUUGCAUUAAUUUUACGUUUUAUUUUUGUAUUAUAUAUAUAUAACUUAUUUUGCUUUUAUUUAAUAAAAAUUGGUUCACUAUAGAUAACUAGAUACAACUCGAUUGAUACUUUUUUCAUUCUUCCAGUUUGGUGGACUUGAUGUUUUUUGCUGUCAUGCUCAGCAAAUUGUUGUGAGUCGAAGCAUGACACCGACUUCUGGCAUUCCCUUUCUUUUCAUUUCUUUGCUUUUUGCAUACACUGUACUGUACAACACACACACAUGUAAAUAUAUAUAUAUUGAACAGCUUUCUUUCACUCUCUCUCUCUCAUUUUAAACAUUUCCCUUGAGUUUUGGUGGCAGUGAUGCGACGCACACAGAUCAACUGGAUAUAGCUGGGAUUUAUAAUGUACAUAUUGCCAAUUUUGAGGAGUGGGAAGUGGGGAGCUGGGAGCGGGGAGAUUGCAAAACGUAGUGAAAGGAAAACGGGCCUCUCGACUUAAUUGUAAUGAAACCUAUAAACUAUACGUCAUUGUCGUCUUCAACUCUAGGAGAUAUAUCUUGCAUCUGCAGAGGAAAUUUAGAACUUUAUGUACUAGUUGUGUAAGAUCUAAACAUAUUUAGUGGGCAGCUGUGCCGCAUGCGCACUUGUUGCACCUCCAUCGACGACAGCAGCAGCUGAAGGCGGCGGCGGGGAA